GUCAGCUGACGGACAUAAAAACCCCAGUGUGUUGAUAUUUCCAGUCUGUAUUUGGGGAUUCUGUUUAUGGGUGUUUACAUCUGAAAUAUAAAGUUUCAUAAACUCUCAGGGUCCCAUGUAACAUGUUUUGGGGAUAAAAUUUACAAAACAGAGACAAAGAACUGGCCUUCAGUGGAGGGUAGAAGGGAUCGUUUCAUACGGGAAUUGAAAGUUGAGAAAGGAGUGAAAGUUGAGGAAGUCAGUGUGUGAGUGGAGAGAGAGGGCAACAAAUUCCUGUCCCAGGUGUCUGGACAAUAAACAAAGACCUUUGUGAACUCCAGGGAGCUGAUAAGGCUGCAGCUAAUUGACAUCCAUCAUUGGACUCCAGUCAGACUCACUCAGACUCCGUGAAGUCAGGAAUGUAGCAAUUUCUUACACCUUUUCUUCUGUGUUCAGCUGUGAGUGGAGAGAGAGAGAGACAUCAUUUAUCCAGCCAUUUCUGAUUCUUUCUCUCCCUGUCCAUUGUAACAUCAUUUAUCUAGCCAUUGUUGAUCUGUGAAAGCCAGCUUUUGCGACCCUCCCCCUCUCCUAUUGUGUCCGCUGUGUUGUGUAUUGGGUGACUGUAAGUAAAUGAGGUGACAAUGGACCAUUGUAUGGUCAGAACUGCUUUGUGAUUGGUAGAUAAUGGCCAGACUGGCGGUAUAUCUCACUGAGUAAAGAUCAGACAGGCUGUGUUGUUUACCUUGGUGACAGGAGCAGUGGGGGGAGUCCUCAGGAGCAGGUGUGGGGCAGGUAAUAAUGGCAGAUGUUUCCUCAAAUAUAACAAGGUGAAAAAACAUAAACAGAUGAUUUAACAAAAAAGGAGACUUCAGUGUUUAAUUGUCCGGUGUAAAGUGUCCUCAGUUCUCCCGAGUCAGCCAGUCAGAGAAACAGAAAGUUACAGGAGGAUAGACAGAUGGAAUAACAGAUAAACGCAGUGUGGAAUUAUUGAUAGUGUCAUCAGAAAGCUGGGAAUGUUGCCAGGGUCGUCUUGUGCUGGGUCAGGGAUACAUUGAAGGGCCUGAUUACUGAUUUAUCUUGAACCAGGACAAUAAAAAUUGACGGGGAAUUAUCUGAAACCCUCCCAAGUCCAAGCUGAUUAUAAUUCUUUAUCAUAAAACAAUCCCGUGAUAAGUGUUUGUUGUAAUAAAAACACAACAUCUCUGUAACAAGGAGGACGCAGUUUACAGGAGAGUUCCCUGUACAAGGGAGGCAACUUGUCACAGCUGGGAGCAGUAGCCAUAAUUAAUAUCAGAGAUGUAAAUGGAGUCGGUCCUGUUUGGCCUUAAUGAAUGAUGUUUAGACUUUGUGUUUUAUUUAUGUGAGGAGUCCUACUUUCCCCUUAGAGGAUUCAGCUUGAAAGCUUUCCCUGCAUACUGCAGUCUCCACUUGAUUAACUAACCCAGCUGGAGUGUUUAUUCUGUGCCCCCAGGGCAGAUCUCGUUACAUGGUUUGUCUCCCUUGUGUAAGACUGCUGUAACACAGUAGAGCUCUUCAAUGUCAGGAGGCUGGUUUAGUUGAUUUAUUGAAAUUGAUUUGGAUGAAAGUGCUUCUUGAUGGAAUGAGGGAUAUUUAAGUUUCUUCUUAUCUCCUGAUACUAAAAUAACCCAGUGCUGACUUGUUUCCGUAGAACUUUAUUUUGACAGACUCUGUGUAAUGGUGUAUUUAUUUUGUGGAUAAAAAAAAAAAUUGUCUUGCCAGAGUUACAAGUCCAUGUAUAAUUUACAAGGGGAGUAUAUUGAAGACAGGGAGAUUUCUAACAGAGGAUAUACCUAAGGAAGGCCUUCAAUUGAUCCGUUCUCUGCGGAUUGAUUCGGUGCAAUAAUAUAUUUUACUCGUGUCAACAAGAAUCAAUAACUCCAGUGACGAAUCCAACGUGGGAUGCUGCAGUGUCUGGAUAAAGUCGGAUAUUCUCCCCGCGUGUUCCAAUGGAUGCCAGGGUGUCCUGACCGUGGAUUUUUCCUGUGAUUCCCGUAGACAUGUAUAUCUGCAUUACUGGUGUCACUAACUCAAAUAGUGGGGAGGAAUUCCUACGGAACAAGAACAGAUCGCGUUCUGUUGGAGGUUCACCACUCGAGUCGCCACGAAGCAGCAGACUUUUAUCCCAGACCAGUGUCCAUGGCAACCGCUGUCAGCGGCAACGGUCUUUUCGACGAAAUGAAGAUGAAAUAAAACGCUCUCGGUCGCAGUCGGUGGCCUACGAACUCUCACAGGACCUGCAAGACAAACAGGUCGAGAUGUUAGAAAGAAAGUAUGGUGGAUCUAUACGAUCUCGACGGGCUGCGAAAAUCAUCCAAAGGGCAUUCCGCCAGUACUCAAUGAACAAAAACUUUGAGAAGCUUCGGAUUGCGGUGGGCGAGCGCAGGUUAUCAAAACGUUUGUCAGAGUUAGGAAGAAGCAAUACAGUGAGUGCGGACACAUAUUUUAUAGGAGGACCCUCCGUGUUACAAGGGAAUGGCGACCUACAAAGACACUCUGACAUUCUCGGAAAACGCGGAGAAAGUGAUCGACUUCGCUUUGGUGAAAAUCGGUUACGACAACAAAUGUCCUUGGACCAAAAUGCUCGGUUUGAUUCUCAGUUAGCUAAUAAAAGGAACUUUGACAAGAGAAAACUCGAGCGACAUCGAGAAGUUGACUUGCCUGAAUCUACAAAAGAUGCCAAAUCUGUCUCAAGUGAAACAAACAAUAACCGAAACUCUUGUCCAGAAAUGAACGAGAGUAGUGCUAGUGACUCUCCCCAGCCCCCGAACACGGAAAGUACUGUCGAUCCGCACAGCCUGGACUUUGAAAUCGUUCUGGAGAACAACACAGGAAUUGUGUUAGCCGAGAGUUUCCACAGUGAACAGGGUCCACCGGAGGGGUCCAUGUACCUGGGCGGAUAUAAUCACAAAAAAAUGUCUGCUUCCUCUCUUUAUUCCAAUGCAAGUACGGACACGUUAGAGAACAGAAGUGAGUCCUACGAUUCGUAUAAAUCCAAUUUUUCUGACUCUGGCUCCUAUGGUAGUCAAGGUGAUCUACAGAUUCGGAUUGAUGCGGUUCAGCCGCUAGAGACUGUCCGCACGCCGGAACAAAAGCAAAUGGCUGAUCAGACUCACAAAUAUUACAUGCAACAAGAAAUUAAAAUGCGUAAAAACGAUGCAUCGGGAUCUUCAUCGGGUAAAAAACCCCCACAGGUUCCUGUUAGGGCUCCGGAAGCCUCACCCAUUUGGAAACGGAAAGGUGCCAACACAAACGGAAAUCCAACUCCGCCAGUCGGAAACAAGCUACAGGAACCGAAACGUAUGAGCAAUAUAUCAGAAAUCAGUGAAGCAGACUCAAUGUUAGACGCACAAUGUGCAAGUUCUCCGAAUUCAGAGACGCUUAGUAUAGGAAGUGAAGCAAGUUUAGUGAAUCAGCGGAAACUCCGGUUAAGUGGAACUCCCGAACAUGGGGGGCAUAGUGGAAUACACAAGUCGGACAAGUCUCGCAAACGGACUUAUAGAAUUGGACUUAACUUGUUUAAUAAAAAACCAGAGAAGGGCAUCAUUUUCCUGUGUGACCAUGGAUUUAUUGGGGAAACACCUCUGGAGGUGGCCCACUUCCUGAUCACCAGGAAAGGCCUCAGUAAGCAGAUGAUCGGGGAAUACCUGGGCAAUCUGCAGAACCCGUUCAACCAGCAGGUCCUAGAAUACUUUGCUCAAGAAAUCGACCUAUCAGGAUUACAGGUGGACAUGGCCCUCAGGAAAUUCCAGUCUCACUUCAGAAUGCCCGGUGAAGCCCAGAAGAUCGAGCGGUUAAUGGAGGCAUUUGCAAAUCGUUACUGUACAUGUAAUCCGGACCAAAUAAAGAAUUUCCGAACGCUGGACACAAUUUUCCUCAUGGCAUUCGCCAUCAUCAUGUUAAAUACAGACUCCCAUAAUUCCAGCAUCAAGGCCGAAAGGAAAAUGAAAGUAGAAGAUUUCAUAAGAAAUUUACGAGCUAUAGACGAUGGACAAGAUGUGGACCGGGACAUGUUGAUCGGAAUCUAUAACAGAAUACAGACCCAGGAAUUCCGAGCAGGGGUGGAUCAUGUGACCCAGGUCAUGAAGGUCGAACAAACCGUGGUGGGAAAGAAACCACAACUGGCUCUUCCCCAUCGCCGAUUGGUGUGUUACUGUCGAUUGUACGAGGUUCACGAUCCAAAUAAAAAAGAGAAAAUUGGUCUCCAUCAGCGAGAGGUCUUUCUGUUCAACGACUUACUUCUGAUAACAAAAAUCUUCAGUAAGAAGAAGUCGGGUAUCACCUACUCCUACAAACAAUCCUUUCCUCUCAGCAGCAUGCAGGUCUUCCUGUUUGAAACAUCACAUUACCAAUAUGGCGUGCGAUUAGUGAGUGGAGUCAACAACAAAGUUCUGAUAACUCUGAAUGCAAGGAACGACCACGAUCGGCAAAAGUUUGUAGAGGACCUUCGAGAGGCUAUACUAGAGACCAAUGGAAUGGAGACACUGCGAAUCGAAGAAGAACUCCAGAAACACAGCAACAAUCACAACACGCUCGACAGACACUACGCCAACGACGACUCCCGCGUAUUAAUGUAUGAACUGAUGAAGCCAUCAGACCCGUCUAUAAAUAGACUGUCCGCCCCUGACUGCCCUGCUCUGCAGAAACUUCCUCUGUCCAACUCUCUCACUGAUCUCUGCCAAGGUCAAGGGAUGAGGAGAGGUAGCAGUGGUGGAUCAUUAGACAGUGGAGUGGCCUCAGGUGGAUCAGGGGGAGUGAUGAUCGGUGGGGAUGUCACGUCACGAAAUAGUCAGAGCAGUCUUCAUUCCCGGGGAUCUCCCGCCACCCCCAAAACCAGCCAAUCAAAUCUCCAGUCCCUGGGGUCACCAGCUAUGCAACCCGGGGUCAGAGGUCAAAGGAAACAGGCCAUAUCCCUCAAGAAGGGGCUACCAGUGGGCACCGACGUCUGACGAAAAUCAGGUCAUUAAAGGUCAAGGUCGUUAUUGGGCCACUUCUGCCGACUCCUGUUACAGAGGCUGUUCCUGAUGAUCUUGCCGGGGGAGAAAUCCAUGUUCAGUGAUGUCGUGUUUUAUAGAUGCUGGCAUCAUUAAAUCACAGAACACAGCCAAUAGGCUUCCUGUUUAGGAGUCAGGAGUGAAUGGUAUGCGAGAAUCGUGGUUCAAAUAUCAAGGUGAAGUAGACUUGAUCGAUACGAGUGACCAUUGUGAUAAACAGUGCAAUGAAACAUUUAGAACAAUAGCAGGACUUAAUUACAGUUUCUCGGAUUUAGAAUCAGAAGGAAGUGAACAAUGGGAAAAGGAAUUAUAAAUUAUACUCAACAUCUCAGUUUCUAAGGUGUUCUUUGAUUGGCUUUUAUUACCGUAGGCCAAGUGACAAUGUGAUAGAACAAAGAAAUCUCACGUGAUAAUGAUGACACACUUAUUUAGCCUUUAUUUAUUGAAUUAAUUUGAUGUACAGAUUUUUAUCACAGCCAUGUUAUGUCAUUGUAAAAAAAUGAUUGUAAAAAUAAAUAGAAUGUGUGAUAGUAUUA